AUGCCCACGCCGGCCAGCGAAGGAUCGCAAACGGACAGCGGUCCUGCAUCUUUUUUCCGAAUUCCCCCACCGCUCAAAAAGCUCUUCGAUCAAUUCCCUCUGAUAACGUAUCCCGCCAACGAUCUACCCCAACGGGUUCCCUCUAAACGUGCCGACAACCAGCUCUUUGUAUUUAGUGAUGCGGCGGGUGCGCAGCGAGGCCGCCCGUCCUUCAAUCCGCAAUGUCUCAAGUGGCAGGCGUACCUGAAAUUUGUCGGCGUCGACUUUGAGAUUACCCCUUCCAACAACCACGCCUCGCCAACUGGCUCUCUUCCAUUCCUCCUGCCAGCCUUUCCCACGGAAGCUGCGGUCACGAUACCCUCGCAUAAGCUCCAAAAAUGGGCCAUCGAGCAGGUUCAUUGCGAAGAGGAGCAGCAAUUGGAUCUCCGCUUCGAUGUGUACGCUUCGCUUUUGGACCACCGGAUACGCAAUGCCUGGCUAUACAUGCUAUACCUAGAUAAUGCCAACUUCAAGGCUGUCGCCCAACGGCUCUACGUGAACCCCUCCACCACCUCCUCGCCGGUCCGAGCCAGUCUUGCCUUUCAACUUCAGCAAGCGGCGCGCGACGAGCUUCUCAAAAGCUCAUCCUACAUUGACGUCGCGGCCUUGGAAGGAGAUGCACAAAACGCGUUUGAGGCGCUAUCGACCCUUUUGGCCGAAGACGAGCACUUUUUCGGUCGGCCCAAUCCCGGGCUCUUUGAUGCCGCAGUCUUCGCAUACACACAUCUCAUCUUGGAUGAGGGAAUGGGUUGGAAACAUAAUCGACUGGCUCAGAUGCUUCGACAGCAUGCCAAUCUUGUACAACAUCGGGAAAGACUACUGAAAUUCUUCUAA